AACUCUUCCUCCAACCCCGCCCCCCUCGGCCUAGGCCAGCGGAGCUGAGGACGCGAUGGCGACGGCGGCGACAGCGGCGUGGGCGCCACAGCUGGCAGGUGUGCGCGGGUUGCUGCUCGACAUCUCCGGGGUGCUCUACGACGGCGGCGAGGGCGGCGGCACGCCCAUUCCAGGCUCUAUCGAAGCCGUGGCCAGGAUCAAACAGUCAGGCCUGAAGUUGCGGUUCUGUACGAACGAAUCCCAGAAGUCUCGGGACAAGUUUGUGGGAUUGCUUCAGCGCUUGGGAUUUGACAUCUCGGUGAAUGAAGUUACGUCUCCUGCUCCAGCCGCUUGCCAGAUUCUGAAGGAGCGAGGCCUGCGACCCCAUCUGCUUGUUCAUGAUGAUGUCCGUUCUGAAUUCAGCGAGAUGGAUACCUCAAAUCCCAACUGUGUGGUCAUCGCAGAUGCUGGGGACGGAUUUUCUUACCAAAAUCUGAACGAGGCAUUCCGAGUGCUCAUCAGCCUGGACAACCCGGUGCUUAUAUCCCUGGGAAAUGGACGCUACUACAAGGAGGCGAGCGGCCUGAUGCUCGACGUUGGCCCCUACACGAAGGCGCUCGAGUACGCCUGUGACGUCCGCGCCGAAGUGGUGGGGAAGCCGGCCCCCGAGUUCUUCAAGGCUGCCUUAAAGGAAAUGGGCCUGGAAGCCCAGCAGGCCCUCAUGAUCGGAGACGACAUCAUGGGCGACGUGGCCGGGGCCCAGCGCUGCGGGAUGAGGGCGCUGCAGGUGCGCACCGGCAAGUUCAGGUCAGUCUCCCUCACGGGGGCGGGGCACGGGGAGAGGCGCGGCCUCUGGGGAGCCUCCCUCUGGGGCCUCCCUCUGGGGCCUCCCCUCUGGACCUGCGCCGCAGCCCGAAGGGCUCCGGGCCUCCUCGGGGCUCUGGGACUAGGCAGGGAGGCCAGAGGCAGCCUGUGCUCCUGGGGCUGCGGGAGGCCAGGGAGCCGGAUUCGAGGGCCUCCCCCUUGAUCUUUGGCCUUCCGCACUCUCGGCCUCCAUGGCGGGCCGAGCUCCGAGGAGGCCGGAGAGAGCCUCCCUCUGCUCUCCCGCCUGUCCCGAUGAGACCCACGCAGAUGCGGGGCCGGGCCGAGGGGGCUGCUGCCGCCCA